AUGGCUCUCCCCGAGAGUCCCACAGAGGAACUUGGAUUUUCCUUCGCAGAACUUGAAAGAGACCCUCAAGAACUCGUCGCUCAUGGUUUUCGUCCUGUUUGGACAGUCGAAGACGGCUACCCCGGUCCGCUUCCAGACGACAUCGCAGAAUGGAUCGAUCCCGAGGGAGAUCGUACGCUCAGGCUGGUUGGGCCGAUGUCAAGCCUGUUCUGGUUAGCAAAGCUAGAUGACCUGGUCGACGCGAUUGAUAGCCCGGACUUUACCAUGAGUGAUGAGGUUAUUUGCGUUCCCUGCAAUGCCUCUAUUCAAUCGAUGCUGCCCACGCUCUAUGAAAGAGGAAGGAUCCCUGGCGCUGUCUACAGAAACUACUGCUACCCUCCUCCUGAGUUUUCCUUGGUCGCUUUCCCUCUGAGACCUGUCAUUAUUCCACCAUCUGUCACUGGUUCCAUCGCAUCAUAUAGCACCAGAGAUCUCUUCCCUUUCUGUCGCCAGCAAAGCUUCCCUCCACGAGUUCUUUCUGCGAGAAUCACCCUUAAGGCGCGUUGGAAACUCUCCUGUCAGAAUAUCGAGCGCGACUUUACUGACUCUUUGGGGGGCAAUUUACUCUUCCGUGGUCUUUCCAGACGGGCUCUGUAUUCCGCAAUGGCUUGUUUUCUUCCCACAGUAAAUGCAAACCACGCAGACAACGAAUUUGGGCCUGGAAUAUACACUACGCCAUCUCUUGAACUAGCUCUAGGGUACGCCCGUGUCCAAGGGGCCCUGAUGGUUUUCCAGAACCCUGAUUUCCGGACUUUGAAUGUUUGGGAACCGAGUCAAGAUGAUUGGAGAAUCAUCACCACUUAUUGGUUGCGGCGUACAUUAUCCAAUGCACAAGAGCGAGUUCCUCCUGGCUGGGAUACGGACGUGAUUAGAGGCGCAGUCUCUCAAGCUGGACGGGGAAGAGGUGCAUCUCGUGUUCCUGGUCCGGAUACACAGGUCGUUGUAGUCAGCAACGCAGCCUUGACUGCAUUGGCGGCAUCCCUGAAAAUGAUCAUUUGGCUCGAGUAG